CCCACCCUUCGAGAACCCUUCGUGUCUUUGUAUAUAUAUAUACACCCUCCUCCAAGACCCUCCUCCAUAUCUCCCCAUUUUGCAUUGAAUCCCACCAUCUCCAAUAACAGAGCCAAAGAAGAAAGAUAACAGAGGAGUGCAUGACAGACAUCAUGGCAUCUGAUAAGGUAGUGGAGACGGUGAUAGUGGGCAAUUAUGUUGAAAUGGAGACAGAAGGGAAGCCCAAGGAUGUCAAAACCAAGUUGUCUAAGUUCUUUUGGCAUGGGGGUUCCGCAUAUGAUGCUUGGUUUAGCUGUGCUUCAAACCAGGUGGCUCAAGUUCUGCUUACUCUGCCAUACUCAUUUUCCCAGCUGGGAAUGCUGUCUGGCAUACUCUUUCAGCUCUUCUACGGGUUGCUGGGGAGCUGGACUGCAUAUCUCAUUAGCGUGCUCUAUGUAGAAUACAGAACCAGAAAAGAAAGGGAAAAAGUUGAUUUCAGGAACCAUGUCAUCCAGUGGUUUGAGGUUCUUGAUGGGCUGCUUGGAAAGCACUGGAGGAACGUGGGCUUGGCAUUUAACUGCACUUUUCUUCUGUUUGGAUCUGUCAUUCAACUCAUAGCUUGUGCAAGCAACAUAUAUUACAUAAAUGAUAAUCUGGACAAGAGGACUUGGACCUACAUCUUCGGAGCUUGCUGUGCCACCACUGUCUUUAUUCCUUCCUUCCACAACUACAGAAUUUGGUCCUUUUUAGGCCUUGUCAUGACCACUUACACUGCUUGGUAUCUCACCAUUGCCUCCCUCCUCCACGGCCAGGUUGAGGGUGUUAAGCAUUCGGGUCCGUCCAAGCUGGUGCUAUAUUUCACAGGGGCCACAAACAUUCUCUACACAUUCGGGGGACAUGCUGUUACUGUGGAAAUCAUGCACGCAAUGUGGAAGCCUCAGAAGUUCAAGGCCAUAUACUUACUGGCUACCCUGUAUGUGCUCACACUGACACUUCCCUCUGCAUCAGCAGUAUAUUGGGCAUUUGGAGACUUGCUUCUCGACCACUCCAACGCUUUCUCUCUGCUCCCAAAAUCACCCUUCAGAGACAUGGCUGUCAUUUUAAUGCUCAUCCACCAGUUCAUAACAUUUGGGUUUGCAUGCACGCCCUUAUACUUUGUGUGGGAAAAAGCCAUAGGUAUGCAUGAGUGCAAGAGCCUCUGCAAGCGUGCGGCAGCAAGAUUGCCUGUGGUCGUCCCCAUAUGGUUCCUGGCCAUCAUCUUCCCAUUCUUUGGUCCCAUCAACUCCACCGUCGGAUCACUUCUCGUUAGCUUCACUGUCUACAUCAUCCCCGCUCUGGCCCACAUCUUCACCUUCAAAUCUGCGGCUGCACGAGAGAAUGCAGUGGAUCGGCCACCAAAGUUCGUGGGGAGAUGGGUGGGGGCGUAUACGAUCAAUGUGUUUGUGGUGGUUUGGGUGUUUGUUGUUGGCUUUGGAUUCGGUGGGUGGGCUAGCGUGACAAAUUUCGUACGCCAGAUUGACACAUUUGGGCUCUUCACAAAGUGUUACCAAUGCCCUCCGCCGCUACCGCCGCCACCUCACCUACUGAAUGCCACGGCGCCGCCUCCGCUCCACCACCCCGGCCACCAUCACAGCCCUUGAUUAGUCCACGUACACCCACUUGUGCUGCUGAUCAGUUACCUCCAAUGGCUUCACAUAUCAGAAUCACUAGCUACCUAAACGCCAUGGCCCAUGAUGAUCAUGUUAUGUCAUUGCAUCUUUUGCUUAAUUAGAAAAUAGACAGAGGAGAUAAAUGCAUUUGGCCAAUAGCCAUUUCCAUCCAUAAAAAAGCACAGAUCUUGUUCUGCUUCCUGUAACUUUCUCUGUCUCUUUUAUUUAGUUUAGGGUCUCUGUUAUUUCAAAAAAAAAAAAAAAA